AUGGAGGAUUUAACUGUUUUGCCGACAAAAGUGGUGACAACUGUGGUGAAUGUGAAUUCGUUCAUAUCAACUUUGGACCAUCUUCCAUGUGAUAUAGUGAGAUCUCUGUGGUUAAUCCAAAGCCUCAACUUCAAAAUACACGAUGGCAAACUCAAGUUGGGAGCUCUAUUAAAACAGCCAAAGACGCCUCAAAGCGUAUCGGCGCUUGUUGCAACCAAAGUGCGGCUGCAGCGAUACAGUCUCGAACUGGUGGAGGAGUCAAAGCACUUGAAAGCCAAGUUGCAAUGGCACAAGAAUUUUCUGACGAAUGACAGAGAUACCAUGGAUAAGCUGGUAGAGAUGCGAAAACAGAUGCUCAAAAACGGGAGGCUAGACUUCGAAAAAUUCAAGUCUGAUUUCUUCAGGGAUCUUGACCAAUCGACUUCGUUCAUGGAGUAUUUUGAAAAGCACUUUGGGGGACCUGUGCGGCCCUCAAGACACGGCAAUAGUUCGAGUUCUACGGAUGGAACACUUCCUGCAUCUUUGGGAAGUCCGUCUGCUCACAAGCCAAAGAUCACCAUCAGAUUGCCCGUGAUACCCAAGCUCGUGAAAGAAGAACCUACCUACUGUUUAUGUCAUGGUGUCUCUUUUGGAAAGAUGAUCGCAUGCGAUAACAUUAAGUGCGAGACGGAAUGGUUUCACUACAAGUGUGUAGGAUUGACACAGGCUCCAAAGGGCAAAUGGUACUGCCCUAGCUGCGCCAAACACAAGAAGACACUCAAGAAAAAGAGACACAAAGGAUUCUAG